AUGGAAAGGAACUCCCGGGUUCGAUCCCAUUCCUCAACAACAUCACAAAUAAGACAACAUGAUUUUUCCACUGCCGAAAAGAUUAUAAAAGCAAAAGAUAUGAAAAGCAAAACCUUCAGCAUGAACAAGUGCAAAACUAUGCAAAUGAGAAGUACGAUGAAGCAGGAUUCAAAGAGGAAAAAAAAGAGAAAUGAGAGAGCCCUGUCAGAAAGCUCCUUCAGUGCUGAUGGUAAGGUGACAAGCUCCACCGUGGUGGACGUGGACAAUGUAGUCAGCUCAGAUGAGAGUGAGGAGCAGAUUGCCCUGAUUGAAACUGAAGCAGGAGAGGAAGGUAUCAAGCACCGAAGGCCGGGCGUCUGCGAGUGUAUUCUCACUUUCCUUACUUUGUUGCUGGUUUUUGUCUCAUUCCCAGUCUCUAUCUGGUUCUGUGUUAAGAUAGUCCAAGAUUAUGAGCGUGCGGUGAUCUUCAGACUGGGACGAUUACUAUCAGGAAGACCCAAAGGACCAGGCCUCUUUUUCUUCAUGCCAUGUCUGGACACGUAUCAUACAGUGGAUCUACGAAUCAAAACUUUGGAGAUCCCUUUUCAUGAAGUUAUAUCCAGUGACAUGGUGACCGCUCAAGUGAAUGCCAUAUGUUAUUAUCGGGUAGAGAAUGCCUCCCUCUCUUUGACAACAGUCAGUAACACCUCUGUCUCAGUAUCAUUGCUGGUGCAAACUAUUAUUAAACGGAGCUUAGCUUGUCGAAAAUUCAAUGAAAUUCUCCUGGAAAGGAAAUCCAUUGGUGAUGAAAUCAAGACAGCACUGGAUGCAGCAACCUGCAACUGGGGAAUCAAGGUGGAACAUGCUGAAAUAAAAGACAUCCGCCUGCCAACAGAGCUUCAGUAUUCACUAGCAGUGGAAGCGGAAGCACAUAGACAAGCCAAAGCUAAGGUGAUUGCAGCAGAAGCUGAGAAGGAAGCCUCAGAAGCCUUGAAAAUUGCAGCAGACAUUCUAUCAGAAUCCUCUGGUGCUGUCCAGCUGCGCUAUCUUCACACACUGUCUGCUCAGAAGACUUCUCCCAUUAUUCUGCCUGUGCCUUUAGAACUUCUUAAUGGCAUGACAACUGUUACCCAGAAAUCUUUAGUGGCCACUGCUGCAGCUGGUGCACGUGGAUCGGAACAACCUCAACAACAGGAAAACAAGACUGACUCUCCAAUGUUAUAG